AUUCUAUGUAAUGACUCAGCAAAUAUAAGGCAGUGUUGUUUCACAUUAUGGAAUCACCACUUAUGUGCAAAUUACUGAAAGUUAAAACGCAGCCGCUUCCAUAGUUUAGUUUAGUGCUCGUGUGACCGCCGGGCAACUCGUGUCGUACCGUCUUUCGUAACGCCAUUCACACAUCGGAUUAUAUACCUAGUUCCGCUGACCGCAUACGUCAUUCAAACAUAAUUUGCUGACGCGUUUAUAUAUCUGUUAUCACCUUUUCUCUGUUGGUAUUAAGAACUUAUCGAGUAUGCACGUGGAGUGAAUAUAGGUGUUUUGAAACUAUCCCAUGAUAUAUUUAUGGAUCUUUUUUUAAUUUAAAGACAAGGAGAGAAAGACUUUAACGAAUGCUCAGCGCCGAGACACAAAUCCAGAAAGAUAUUCGUGGAGAAGGAAUUUUGGGUAUCUCGUGCAUGGGUGCCGUCUCAUCGUCGGCGAUAUAAUUCGAUAGUCGUCCUCGAGCAGUUGAACGUGCGCGCGAGCGAGCAGCGAGACUGAAUUGGUGAUUAUAUCGAUACAGAAACAAACGACGAAAACGGCGACACUGGCGCAACGAUUUGAAACGUGAUGGUCAUCAAUGUCAUCGAUUCAUUAACCGAGGUCACAUUGAAUAUUCAGAACAAUGGAGAUACGCGUACGAUACUUGUUCGCUGUAAUGCUAUGCAUCGCGAACAUGAUCAUUUAUGGUCUGAAAGUGAAUAUCGCGACGGCUAUUAUUGGUAUGGUGAAGAAAAAACCGGGUGUACCUGAUUGGUCGGAUGAGUGUCCGGAAUUUGAUGUUCCUGGGAAUGCCGCCACCGAUAUCGACGGUCCAUUCGAUUGGACGGCAAGCCAGCAAGGUUUGGUCAUUAGUAUAUAUUUUGCCGGAUAUCUCAUCGGCAUGUUUCCAUCGGGAUAUUUGGCGGAUCGGUUCAACACGAAGUACGUAUUGUUAAUAUGCGUGCUGGCAAAUGGAAUCUUAACGAUGUUGGUGCCGAUCGCGGCGAGCGAGCUGUACGUGCUAUACGUCGUGAGAUUUUUGACCGGUCUCGUGAGCGCGGCGAAUCUUCCUAUAGUAAACGUUCUUCUGGGAACAUGGGUCGUGUAUGAGGAGAAAAGCACGUGGGUCGGCAUCAUAUACGCCGGAACGUCGCUCGGCACCGUGAUAUCUAUUCUUACCUCCGGAUUGAUAUUAAAUUACGUUGGCUGGGAGGCUAUUUUUUACAUCCACGGAACGUUACCAUUGAUCUGGUGCGUCGUUUUUUAUAUAUUUUUCGCCGGUUGUCCGGAAGAGCAAAAGUAUAUAACGGAGCAGGAAAGAUCGUUCAUCGUGAGCUCGUACGGUCAUCGUACGCCCGGUUCCUCAGAGAUGAAGAUCCCGUGGAAAAGUAUAUUUUCAUCGGUACCAUUUUUGGCUCUGCUCGUCACGAAUACCUUAGGCAACUUCUGUUGGUAUUUCUUGCUCACCCAGUUGCCGCUUUACAUGAACAAGAUAUUGCGAUACAAUAUCACAUCGAAUGCCGUUAUCGUUUGCACCCCGUAUCUCGUGAACGCCUUCACUAAUCCACUAAUCGGCAGGGUUUUAGAUUGGGGGCGGAAAAAGGGAUUCUGGUCGCAGACGGUUGCACGUAAAAUUGCGGUUUUUAUAAGCACUAUACCACCUAGCAUUUUCCUCGUUAUAAUCGCGUACAUUGGUUGCGAUCGUUUGACAUCGACCGUGCUGCUAACUCUAAGCAUAGUAGUCUGUGGUGCUAUAUUCGUUGGCCAUCUUUGUAAUCAGAACGAUCUGGCUCCGAAUUACGCAGGAAUCCUCAUGGGCAUUACAAAUACUCCAGGCACUAUUUCUGCCUUCAUUUUACCACCGAUAGUUGGUGCUCUCGUAGCGGAAGGACAUACUAUAGCGCGUUGGAGGAUCGCAUUUUGGAUUACCAUCGUCGCCCAGGUUGUCGCUUUCUUGGUAUUUGCGGCCUUCGGAUCAGCCAAAAUUCAACCGUGGAAUUAUCCGGUACCGGAUGUUGAAAAUUGGGACGUCGACGAAGGACAAACGCAACAAGAGCAGCGAGAACAAGAAACGAAGACUUAAAUUGAGACCACCUUUGAAUAGUUCUUAUUAACAAAUCAAAAGAAGCAUAUUUUUUUUUACAAGAAUCUUACAAGAAUCUAUCACGCCUAUUGCAUAGACAAUAAAUGUUAUUUAGAUAAAUUGUUAAUAGGUACGAUGAAAUAAUUUAUCAUAAAAUGAAAUCAAGACGUUUGCGAUUGUUAUAUAAAACAUUCCUUAUAUUUAUAUUAAAUCAACUCUCUUUUUAUAUUUUGAUAUGUCUUAUUAUGAACCAUUUUUUAUGAAUCUAUCGAGAUAGCGGAUGUAAUACUUAAUUAUAUCACUUUAUAUGUUAUAUACAAUAUAUCUAUAUAUGUUGACAAUAUCUUGCAAAAUAUAUUUCAAGCAAAAAUUUUGUUGAUAAUAUGCAUUGCAGCAUAUUAUUAAUAUCAAAGUUUUAGCUGCCUUAUACGGGCGAUAAUUUUACAAAAUAUAGAUUGUAUAGUACAUACAUGUAUAUGCACAUAUGCAAGAAAUUUAAAAUAUA